AUGCUUGACUACCUGGCUUUGGCUUUUGUGGUCGCUGUAAAAGUUUUUAAGAAAACGACUCCUAAUGGUAAAGUUACGGUUUACCUUGGCAAGCGGGACUUCAUUGAUCACAUAGAUUAUUGCGAUCCUAUCGAUGGAGUUGUCGUGGUUGACACCGAGUACCUGAAAGGAAGGAAAGUUUAUAGCCAGCUGGUUACGACUUACCGGUUCGGUAGGGAGGAAGAUGAGGUCAUGGGAGUCAAAUUCUCUAAGGAAAUGGUCAUUGGCCAAGAGCAAGUUGUACCAAUGAAUAACGGGAAAAUGGAACUGACACCUGUCCAGGAAAAGCUGCUCAAGAAACUUGGACCUAAUGCUUUCCCAUUCACCUUCUCUUUCCCUGAUAUGUCACCCAGCUCGGUAACUCUUCAACCAUCCGACGAGGACCAGGGAAAGCCUAUGGGAGUAGAAUACUGUGUACGAACUUAUGUAGCCGACAAUGAAGAUGACAAGGGCCACAAGAGGAGCUCCGUUACUCUUGCCAUCAAGAAGUUACAACAUGCUCCAGCCUCCCGUGGACGACGCCUCCCUAGCUCCCUGGUCAGCAAGGGCUUCACUUUCAGCAACGGAAAGAUCAGCCUAGAGGUGACUCUGGACAAGGAGAUCUACUACCAUGGCGAGAAGGUCGCAGCUAACAUUAUCGUCUCGAACAACUCCAGGAAAUCUGUACGAAACAUUCGUUGCAUGGUCGUACAGCAUGUUGAAAUUACUAUGAUCAACUCGCAGUUCAGCCGCCACGUUGCAUCUCUGGAAAGCCGUGAGGGAUGCCCAGUUACACCUGGUGCAAGCCUUUCAAAGACCUUCUACCUGGUACCUUUGGCUCGUAGCAACAAGGACAUCCGCGGUGUUGCCUUGGAUGGCCACUUGAAGGAAGAUGAUGUUAACCUUGCCAGCUCCACCUUGGUAUCUGAGGGCAAGUGCCCUGCUGAGGCCAUUGGUAUUGUGGUAUCAUACUCGGUCCGUGUGAAACUGAACUGCGGAACUCUUGGAGGUGAACUCGUUACUGAUGUACCAUUCAAACUGCUGCACCCAGCUGAGGGCACCGCCGAACGCCAAAGAUUCAACGCCAUGAAGAAAAUGCAAUCCAUUGAAAGACACCGCUAUGAGAACUCGCUUUAUACCAACGAGGAGGAAGACAACAUUGUUUUCGAGGACUUCGCUCGUCUCAGGAUGAACGAACCCGAA